AUGAAAAGACUAAUGUCAUUGCGCGUGCGCAGCUCACCUGGCUUGGACGACAUCAAAGCAAAGGCCUUGAAGACAGCGGCCAUUGACCUUGCAGAACCAUUAACUCGGUUCUUUCAACGUUCUGUCGACGAAAUGCAGGUUCCCACAAUGUGGAAACAUGGAUUAAUCACUCCUAUUUACAAAACUGGUAAUUCUGCGGAGCCCUCAAACUACAGUCCAGUCACUCUCCUCGCAGUUUUAUCCAAAGUAAUGGAACGCAUGACCGCAGAGGCGCUCAUGGUAUACCUUGAGAGCAACAACAUUCUAGUGUCAGCGCAGCACGGAUUCCGCCGAAAUCGGUCUUACACCACAAACUUACUUCUA